GAAGAAGAGGAGGAGGAAUUGACAUUAAUGAAGAAGACAUGGAAGGAGAGCAAGGCAAUGUGGGUUGUGGCAUUCCCAGCCAUAUUCACAAGAUUUUCAACGUUUGGGAUCAAUAUAAUUAGCCAAGCAUUUAUUGGUCAUGUUGGAUCAAAGGAACUAGCUGCCUUUGCACUUGUAUUCACUAUCGUCGUUAGGUUUGCCAAUGGCAUUCUGUUAGGAAUGGCGAGUGCACUGUCAACACUUUGUGGACAAGCAUACGGUGCAAAACAAUACAGCAGAAUGGGACUCUUUCUGCAAAAAUCAUGGAUACUUCUCUUUUUAACAGCACUCAUACUUGUUCCCAUCUUCAUCUUCACCACCCCAAUCUUGAUUCUCUUGCGCCAAGACCAAACCAUUGCGCGACUAGCCGGCACCAUUUCGCUCUGCUCAAUCCCCGUCGUGUUCGCCUUCAUUGUUUCCUUUACAACGCAGGCAUUCCUCCAAUCUCAGAGCAAGAACACCAUCAUUUCCUUCUUAGCCGUCUUCUCGCUCCUGUUUCAUACGCUACUGUCAUGGCUUUUGACGGUGAAGUUGAAGCUGGGGAUUCUGGGCGCAAUGAGUUCAACAUGUUUGGCGUAUUGGAUUCCCAACAUUGGUCAAGUUGUCUUCAUUACCUGUGGUUGGUGCCCCGAGACAUGGAAGGGAUUCUCUUUCUUGGCAUUCAGAGAUCUAUGGCCUGUUGCUAAGAUUUCUCUUUCUUCUGGUGCUAUGUUGUGUCUCGAGCUGUGGUACAACACAAUAUUAGUUCUUUUGACAGGUAGCGUGGAAAAUGCAGAGGUUGAAAUCGAUGCUUUAUCCAUAUGCCUCAAUAUCAAUGGAUGGGAAAUGAUGAUUUCUCUUGGAUUCAUGGCUGCAGCCAGUGUUCGAGUAUCAAAUGAGCUUGGAAGAGGGAGCUCGAAAGGUGCAAAAUUUUCCAUUGUGGUGACGGUGCUUACGUCAUUCACCAUUGGGUUCCUUCUGUUCAUAUUUUUCCUAUUCUUUCGGGAAAGACUUGCUUACAUAUUUACAUCAAAUGAAGAUGUGGCAGCUGCAGUUGGAGAUUUGUCACCUUUCUUGGCAAUCUCUAUAUUGCUAAACAGCGUUCAACCUGUACUCUCAGGAGUAGCGGUUGGAGCAGGUUGGCAAAGCAUUGUAGCAUAUGUAAAUAUUGGAUGUUACUACAUCAUUGGAAUUCCUACAGGAGUUUUACUUGCCCGCAUUAUCCAUUUGCAAGUUAAGGGGAUUUGGAUUGGAAUGUUGUUUGGGACGUUCGUUCAGACCAUAGUGCUAACUAUAUUCACUUACAAAACUGAUUGGGACGAGCAGGUACUCAAAGCACGUAAUCGUGUAAAUAGAUGGUCUACGUUGGACAAUGAUCAAGAAACAAUUACAUAUACAUUCGACAAUGGAGGGGCAGAUGUUGUGUCGGGUUAUGGAAUGAGGGGGUGCUAUACCGAAAUGUGGGACAGCUUUUGGCUCAGAUUUUGUAGUAAGAAAUCAGAGGGUCCGUUUUGCUUGUAG